AUGCAAAAAAUGGAAUUAGAAUUUAUUUUAAACAAUAAAAAACAACCAUUACAUUUAUUUGAAGGAAUUUUCUCAAGUUUUGGUAUAAACAAAGAAAAUGAAUUUUAUUAUAAUUAUUUAGAUUAUAAAAAUAAUAAUAAUACAAAAAAUGAUAAAAACUAUACAAAAUGUAAUAAAAUCAGAUUCAAUUGUAUUAAUGGUACACCAAUUAAUAAAUCAAAUGUUUCCAUAAUAGUAUCAUCAAAUAAUUUCUGUAAUUCUAUGAAACCAUCAAUUAUGAAUUGUAAUAAUACAUGUUCUGCCACUCUCGAUGAUUUAAAAUUUUUAUGUGAUCAAGAAUUUAUGGUUAUUGAAGAUUAA